AGCGUGUGUUUUUGUGUGUGCGUGUGUGUGUGUGUGGGUGAGCUCGUGUGUGUGUGUGUGAUGGCUGGGAGGGAACAUAAAAAAGGCCCAGACCUCAUCCCCCUCUCCCUAUAUAAAGGGUUGGCAGGGGGGAUUUCAACAACAAAUCUCUGGAUUUUAGGCACCACUUUUCCUCAUCAUCUGGUUUUUCCUUCUCCUCUGUCACCAUGACUUUACUUCUGAAGGCACUGGGGGCUGUGCUGUGCAUCUUCACGGUUUCUUCUGAAGUUAUACCUCAGGCGGACUUCAACCCACAGGGGAUGGCAGGGAAGUGGUACCUGGUUGGAUUUGCCACCAAUGCUGAAUGGUUCGUCAACCGCAAAGCCAGCAUGAAGAUGGGCACAACCAUGAUCACCCCGACUGCAGACGGGGACCUGGACAUUUCAUACGCCAGUCUCAACUCUGAUGGUUCUUGCUGGAGAAUGAACAACUUGGCCAAAAAGGCUGACAUGCCUGGAAAGUUCACAUACUCAAGCUGGGGGAAUCAGAAUGACAUGCGCGUGGUUGAGGUGAAAUAUGACCAGUACGCCCUGACUCACACCAUAAAGACCAAGGCUGGUGAUAACGCUGUUGUCAACAAACUCUACGGUCGUGGAGCGGACCUCGGCGCUGAUCUGCUGGAGAAGUUCAGGCAGUUUUCGUUGGAGAAUGGAAUCCUGCCGGAAAAUAUUGCUAUACUUCCCAAAAAUGGGGAGUGCUCAGCUGCCUAGUUGUUCCCUGAUCACCGUGUGUCACAGAUAUUGUUUAAAGAUUUGAGUGCUUGUUGUGAAUAUUCUUUUUUUUGUUUUUUGCUCUUUCAGUUGUUAAAAUAGCUCCCAAUGCCACCAAACACAAUGUAAAGCCAAGUUUCAACAUACAACAUUUUGAUUUAAUUAAACCUUACUGUGUUG